GCAAGAGGAUCACUUAAAUCCAAGAGGUCAAGGCUUGAUGACACCACUGCACUCUCCAGCCUGGGUGACAGAAUAAGACCCUGUCUCCCCGCUCCACAAUAAAAAGACAUCCAUCCUAGACACUCACUUAUUCAACAUAUAUUUAUUCAACACCUAUUAUGUACCAGGCCCUAUACUAGUAACUGGGCAUACAGCAGGAAAAAACAAAACCUCUGCCCUUAAGGGGUUCCCGGAAUAUUCACGUUAGGAAGGAGAGAGUAAACAGGAUAACACAUGGUUGGUUAGAAGGCAGUAAGUGCUGGAGAGGAUAAAGACAGGAAAUGCUAAGGAUGGCAGUUUCCAGAAGAAGGCAUCAUCAGCAGGGUAAACACCUUAAACACGGUCUCUGAGGGAAGAGCAUUUGAGGCAGAGGGAACAGCUGGUGUAAAGGCCCUGCAGUAGGAGCCUGCCUGGUGUGGGUGAGAAAGAGCCUGAAGGUCUGAGGGGCUGAAGAGGACUGAGGGACAUGGAGUGGAUGUGCUCAGUUGGAGGCAGAAUAACGGGGUGUCACGGGCCUUCAGCUGGAGGGAGACGGGAGCCAUGAUGAAGUUCUGGACACAGGCACAGGUAACCUGCUUUAGGGGUGCACAGCUUCCUCCAGCUGCAUGUGGGGAACAAACUCUGGGGGAUGGAAAUGGAGAGCAGCCAGGAGUCCCCCGCACUAGUCUAGGCUGAUGCUGCUGGCUUGUGGGGGUCGCUUUCACAGAAGUGGACUGAGCUUGGCACAGACAGGAACCUCGGGUGAUUUGCUUACUCGCUAUACCCAGUGCACAGAAAAGAGUCUUUCUUUCUUUAAUAUUUGUUAAGUGACUUAUAGCUCCCAUGUCAGGAGCUUUCACUGCAUCAGGCCUUGUGCUGGACAUUUAAACAGAAGGUUGUACAUUUCACAGACAACCUCAUCAACUAUAUUUUGAAAUCAUCCUGACUUUUAUGGUCUAGGAAAGUGAGGCUCAGAGGGGCUGCUUCCGGGCAGUAGGAUGAGAAUCUGUCUUUAGCCGCCCGACUUUAGAGGGCUUCGAGAGGUCAGAGCCAGCCUGCGGGCACUCACCUUUGUGCACCUGCCCAGGCGAGGCGGGCUCAGUGCGCACGCGCCCAGGCGCAUUUAAAGCGCCGGAUGGGCGUCUCUUCCCCCAGCUGCAAGCGGUCAGUGCUUAGCCUCACUCGCGACGCCCUUCUGGAGGAUGCUGGUGAGCGGCAGGGGCCAGGGGUCCGGCUCGGGCUUCUCUUUAGGCGCUGAGCCACCAAGGCCUUCUCCUUUGCAGAGUCCCGCUGACUCCCUCGAUGCACAACCUCCGAGCGUCCCAGUCCCUGACAGCUUCCCCAUGGGCCUCAGUGUCUCCCCAAGACGCCUGGAGAGGCCGCCGGGGCUUGAGGAGGCGCUGAGCGCGCUGGGGCUGCCGGAAGAACGCGAGUACGCCGGGGACAUUUUCGCCGAAGUCAUGGUGUGCCGCGUGCUGCCCCGGAGAGCCCUGCCCCGAGCUGUGACCCUGGAGAUGCGCGCCCUGGUGGUAGAUUGGCUGGUCCAGGUGCAUGUAGGUAUCUGGAAAGGUGUGGGGAGCUGGGUUUGCAUCACUACCCGGGACCCCAUGGCCACCCGUGCCCCUCCUCAGGAGUACCUGGGUCUGGCUGGUGACACACUUUACCUGGCGGUGCACCUGCUUGAUUCCUACCUGAGUGCCAGCCGCGUGCGCUCACAUCGCCUGCAGCUGCUGGGCGUGGCCUGCCUGUUUGUGGCAUGCAAAAUGGAAGAGUGCCUGCUUCCUGAGCCCACCUGCCUCUGCCUCCUGGGUGCGGACUCCUUCUCGCGGGCGGAGCUGCUGCGCGCGGAGCGCCGCGUCCUGAGCCGCCUGGAUUUCCGGCUGUACCACCCGGGCCCGCUGCUGUGCCUCGGCCUGCUGGCCGCGCUGGCAGGGAGCAGCCCCCAGGUGAUGCUACUUGCCACCUACUUCCUGGAGUUGUCUUUGCUGGAGGCCGAGGCGGUGGGAUGGGAGCCGGGUCGUCGCGCAGCUGCGGCUCUGAGCCUGGCGCACCGCUUGCUCGACGGGGCGGGCUCCAGGCUCGAGCCGGAACUUUACAGCUCCGAGGAACUGGGCCCCCUCGAGCCGUGCAUGGCCCGCGCUGCACUCCGAGGUCCCGCGCCGGGCCGCGCCGCCGUCUUCUUCAAGUACGCGCGGUCCCAGCGCCAGGGCACCAGCCUCACGGCUGCCUGCCUGCUCCGCCGCCUCCACCUGAGCCUCCCUGAGCGCUGAGACUCAGCCAUCAAAACAAACAAAAAAACAACCUCCCAGUGUGUGUUCGUCCCU